AUGGCGAGGCUAAACGAUCCACCACAAUCAGCGGAUAGCUAUGAGACGCUCCGCAGAAAGCUUCUACGCCAGAACCGCGACCUUGCCCGCGUAAACUCUACCCAAUCCCUCAAAAUUCGCCACCUCGAGAACGAAUGCGCCCGUAUGCUUUCGGAGAAUCUCGAACUCCGGGGCCAGAUCCUCCAGCUCGAGAAAGAAGUUGAAAACAGCAAGGCCCAGAGGAUAGCCGACCAUGCACUCGAGAUUAAGGCCAAACUCGAGGAGCAGCUCGUUGAAUGGGGCAGCAUACUCGCCGGGUUGGGACUAGAGCCCCCGGCGAAGAGGCGGGAUGCUGUUGGAAGGCGGGCCACGCAACCGAGGACGAGCCUGCCUAAGAGGAGCCCAAGGAAGUCGCUGAGAGAUUUGGCGAAGGAGGCGGAGGCGAGAGCCAGGGAGGAGGGCAGACUGACGCCAAUUCGGGAACAUAGGACAUACCCAAGGCAGACGUUGGAUAGCGAGGAAAUCAUGGCACUUCGGUCAGAGGUAGAGGCGGCCGACGUGUCUGGUUCUUCUGAUAUCGGCCCUCCGCCUGUUUCCCAAUUCGUCGAUGAAGAUUAUUCGAGUAUCCCCGAGUCGCCUACGAAGCCGCCCACGACAAAGAAAACAGCCGAACCAGAGCGCGAGGAGACAAAGGAGCCAGUCCCAACUACUAAUGUGGUAGAGAAGAGCGAGCCGGAUGAAGCGCCUUCCGCUGCGACCACAGUGCCCACGUUCUCGAAGCCCGAAGUCCAGAGUGCCCCGGCUCCCGCUCCCAUUAAGGCCGGAUCAAAGAGGAAAUUAGGAGCUCGAGAGGAACCAGAAAAUAUCAACACAACAAAUGCACAGAUUCAACCAGUUACGGCGGCUAGGAGGAAAUCCACUAUAUCAAAAGAGAGGACUGGCGGCAAGACGCUCAAAGAGCUUGCGGCUAUGAGACGGGAGUCCCGAGAGACGGCGACUACGCCGGUUCUUGCACCGACCAGGAGACCUCUCGCCGUCAAGAGUACUAACGAGGAUAUUGCUUCACCAAAGAAAGCGGUGGGGAAGAAGGGUGCUGAACCAGACGGAAAACCAAUCAAGCCGUUAAAGCUCAAGGCUAAUAAAGAGGACGGUCCAAGGCGGUCAACAAAGCCCAAGAACACGGAGAUUAUCAAGAUAAAGGAGGAGCCUGUACUUGCUCCUGUAGAGACCGCCAUCAUUAGCCCCACCACUGAGCCGGAGAAGCUCGCCGCCCCCCUCGAUGCGAACCUUUUGUCGCCCUCCUCCCCACAGCCGAAAUCCCAAAAUGAAUCAAACGAUACGCCACCUCCAGCCGACAUCUCCUGGAAAGGCGAGACCUCACGCCCUAGUCGCCGAGCGCGGGUGCCCAUUAGCUACGCCGAGCCUAAUCUGCGAGACAAGAUGAGGCGUCCGACUAAGGAGCUGGUUGAUGCUGUUGCAGGCGAGGGCAAAUAUCGACGCCAGAGCAGCUUAGAUGAGGAAAUUGCCGCCAGUGAAAGUCAGGGGAAGCGUGAGUCGACGGCGGGAGAGUCGUCGAAGAGGAGCACGCCUGCGCCCGAACCGGAGAGGAAUGAUCAGGUCGCAAGCCCGCUUGCGCAGAAGGGAGACGGGGUUGUUAAUGACACUCUCCCCAGUAGCGUUGUCACGGAGCGCAGGAAGAGACGGUCCUCGAUCUUAACGAGGGAUAGUACCAACUUCAAUGACACCAUGGGCGCUUCCAGUAACGACACCGACGACACCCUCGAUACUUCCCUUGGCUCGACAUCUAGUCUGGAGAGUAGCGUGGAUAUCUACGAGUUCCCAAGCAAUUCCCCCGACAAAGGUGCUGGGAGUGCGGCCGUUAGCGAGACGACUUCACGCAAGGUGGGGGUAGCAACGAGACGAGUAUCGAUGGCCGACCACACAGAACUCAGCCUCGAGAGAGAAGAGACGACCAAAGUUUCGAGGAAGAGAUCGUCUAUCCACAGCAGCCGCCGGUCGAGGGCAGAAUUGGGAAGAAUAAAGCAAGAGGAUGGUGACGAGGGUACUUCUACUGUCGCUGCCACUAAGGAUCGGUCGAUGAGAAGGAGAAGCACCAUGCUUUGA